ACUUCCACAGACACAUGCAACAAUCACCAUACCCGCACGCCAAGGGCUCCCGCGUCAGCCAUCAUCGUUGAUGCAGCCGUUUCAUGUGCCAUGCAGAUCCCCCAUAGCGCGACAAGGUACCGCCACACCACAUCAUGCACAUCACAAACACACUCAAUAACUACACAAACACACACAUAA